UGAAGUCUGUUUAGUAACGGCCAGUAACGGAGAACAGUCGCGCUAUUGUGCCGCCAGCGGUGGUGGGUUCGCUCCGGGGUCUCUGUCUGUGGACACGCCUAUAAGAGAGCGGCGGGACGGGCCGCGCCGGAGCUGCGAUAACCGGGGCGCUAACGCUACGUGCCUGUAGCUGGGUGAAUCAGGAUGGGAGACAAGCCGAUUUGGGAACAAAUAGGAUCCAGCUUUGUUCAACAUUACUAUCAGCUGUUUGACACUGACAGAACACAGCUUGGAUCAAUAUAUAUUGAUGCAUCAUGCCUUACGUGGGAAGGACAGCAAUUCCAGGGAAAAGCAGCGAUUGUUGAAAAACUAUCUAGCCUGCCCUUCACAAAAAUAGCCCAUAGCAUAACAGCACAAGAUCACCAGCCCACUCCUGACAGCUGCAUAUUGAGUAUGGUAGUAGGACAACUAAAAGCCGAUGAUGACCCCAUCAUGGGAUUUCAUCAGAGCUUCAUCCUGAAGAACAUUAAUGAGGCCUGGGUGUGCACCAACGACAUGUUCCGCCUGGCGAUACACAACUUUGGCUAAAAGCACCACUGCUGUCAGGGAUAUGGGGGAGGGUGGAGAACGGGGUCCUCCGACCCCAGUGACGCCUGAACCUUUCAGUCUGCCCUUCAUUCAUCACUCUCUGAGAAACGGCACCGGAUUCCAAGAAGUCAAAUCGCAGAUAACGUGCAGUCACAUACAGUAGCGCCUCUACUCCAGAUAUGAGAAGUGUAUCUUUGCUGAAAGCCCACAGAUUCAUCAAAGUGACCCCUUUUCCUCCACUGAUCUGCAUGAUGAUGGGGAGCUCGAAUAUCAGAGGACACUGGCCAGGGGGAAAAAAAAGACGUAUUAACCUAACCUCUGCUGGUUACUAUUUACAUUUUAGUUGUUUGACUUUGAACUAAUAAAUGUCUUAAAUGUCCUUUUGCUUUAAUACCUAUUGUAUUACCAGCUUGCUUUUAGAGAAUGUUUUUUUUUUUUUUUUUUUUUUUUUGUUCUCCCUCUUGAGAAUUGGAGUCUCCCUUCAUUGUGAUGUCAGGUUGCUCUAGCUAUCCAAAGAAACGUUAAACACCACCCAGACUCCCCCUCUCCCUUCAGACCAGUGUGCUUCCCACCUUCUGCUCAUUACUGUCUGUGACAAUAAUUACCAAGCCACGAUACACAAUAAAACCUUUGACUUUUUCUUAACAAUGGCAUCAUCUUGUUCCUCCCCAUGUCUGGUUUUGCAUCUACCUUUUCCCUUUUACAUAACCAAGUUCUUUUAUAUUUCUUUUCUUCUUGAACUUCUGCAGAAGUUAGUCCCAUUCCUUUUAGAAGGCCACAAAGCCAGGGAAAGUUGGUUCAUCCUCUUAGAACUUAAUGUGAGCCCUUAAAAACCUUUUAACCUUUUACCAAAAAGUAUUUGCUAGGAGAAGACGGUCUUGGGCAGCUUAGCUUGCAAUAUAGUAAUGGCUGUAAAAUAGUUAUGGGUUAUGUGUUUGUUUGGCACCUGACCCAGAUACACAAUUCCUUUUUUGGAACACUAUUUUACUCUGGGUGAUCUAGCAUGUUAGUGAGGUCUGUCUAACAGUGGGACUAAGAAUGGAAACUUAUUGUGCAGUCCUGAUGCACUUUGGCCAUAUGAAGUUGUUGGAGAUGAAUCUGAAGGGUGUAGGUUUCCCUCCCUUUUGAUUAGAAAAAGAUUCUAUGAGGGCAGAUGGUAUUCAUUGCUCCAAGCACUGGAAAGGUAUAUAACAGCUUAUAUGCUUUGACUGCUAAUACUGUGCUAAUACCACAGUGUCAUUAAGUGCUCCUGAAUUUUCACUGCUAUUAUCCUUAUUUUAUCCAAAUCCCUAGUAGGCCUUAAAUUGAGUUAAUAUUAACAGAACAUAAUACUGCUGAACAUGUCUUUAAAAUAGGUCAGAAUUUAAAGACUAGCGUGUGGAAGGCUUGACCAUUUCUGUGCUGUUUACACUACGAGGGGCAAUAAAUGUUUUAGAGGCAUAUUAUGAAGGCUUUUGUGUCAACUGAUGGUACACAUUUACAUGCGCUGUGGAUUUUGCACUGAAAUAUCCAAGACGUGUUGUAGGAACUUCAGAGAAGAGCUGCCAUGUGAUUAUCUAAUAGUCAGCUUUCUUAAACGUGUAUAUUUUUUUUCUGGUCUCAUCAUGCAAAUAAAAUGUUCUUUGUGUU